AUUUCGCUCUUUGUUGAUGACUUUACGGCUAAUUUUGAAUAAUUUCAUGAAUCAUGAAAAGUACUUUUUUACCGUUUACCUUCCUAUGAACUAUUUUUUAAACUUUACUGACGAUUUGUGAAAAAAUUUUGGAUUGUUUAUUAUGUAAGGUUAUGUUUACAUCGAGCUUUGAGGUUACAUCAAACACACGUGCAAAAAAACCAUCCCAAGAAGUACUUAACUUUUUGAUAAUUUUCUUGUGUUACAUUUAUAAAAAUGAAGUUUGCUUACAAGUUCAAUAACUUAUUGGGAACCGUUUACAAAAAAGGAAAUCUCUUGUUUUCGCAGGAUGGCAAUUCGGUAAUAAGCCCAGUGGGCAACAGGAUUAGCAUUUUUGACUUAAAAAACGACAAAGUGACCACACUUCCUAUCGAGAGUAGAUUCAAUUACACCGCUUUAGAUUUAAGUCCAAAUGGGUGUUCCUUGAUUGCCAUAAAUGAAGAAGGUGAAGCCCACUGGAUCAGUUUAAUUUCACAAACAAUUGUUCAUAAAUAUAGAUUUAAGAGGAAAGUUCGCGCAGUUAAGUUUAGCCCAGAUGGUAAACAUUUUGCUGUUUGCAAAGAGAACAACGUUUUUGUAUUUAAAGCCCCAGGUCCACUCUCAGGUGAAUAUAACGCUUUCAUAAUGGAAAGGGUUUUUCACGGGGCUUAUGACGAAACGACUUGUCUUGAUUGGUCAUCAGACUCGCGAAUUUUAGCAGUUGGAUCUAAGGACAUGGCUGUUAAACUCUACCCCCUGGAAAAGUGGCACAACUUCAGGAUAUUCUCUUUAGGCAAUCACACUGAUAGUAUUGUUGCGUGUUUCUUUGAGGAAAACACCUAUGAUAUUACUACAAUAAGCAGGAAUGGACAAGCGUGUGUGUGGGAGUGUAGCAUAGACCCCGAUAAGCUUGUCCCACUAGAUAAAGCACCCCCGCGAAAGAAAAAGAAAGAUAAUCAUGAGUCAGAAGAGGACGACAUUGAUAUAAAUAAAGCAAUAGAGCCAAGCGAGGCCGAUCGUGAGAACGCUGUUGAAGAAAAAGACGAUUCGGAUGUUAAAAACGACAAAUUUUUUUACAAACGCUUAGCACGUCAUUACUUAGCAGAUGAGGCCAGGAAAGAAGACCGCGAGGCUGUUCUCACAUCGGCGGCUUACCACAAAAAGAGCAAAAUUUUGGUCACAGGGUUUUCAAACGGGGCUUUUUUCAUUCAUGAACUACCCGACAUGAAUUUAAUUCAUUCAUUGUCAAUCUCGGAGGAGAAAAUUUCUGCUAUUUGUCUUAAUUCGACUGGGGACUGGAUCGCGUUAGGGUGCGGCGGACUGGGCCAACUUCUCGUAUGGGAAUGGCAAAGUGAGAUUUACCGUUUGAAACAACAAAGCCACUCGAAUAACAUGAGUUGCGUUUGUUAUUCCGUUGAUGGUCAAUUGUUGGCUACUGGUGGUGAAGACGGUAAAGUCAAACUCUGGAAUGUUUACACCGGCUUUUGUUUUGUUACGUUUAAUGAACAUUCGAGUGCUGUUACUUGUGUCAGUUUCAGUGGUAGUCGGAAAUUUAUCGUUUCUGCGUCACUUGAUGGAACUGUGAGGGCUUACGACCUAAUCCGUUAUCGCAAUUUUCGCACUUUCGCGUCCCCGAGGCCGGUGCAAUUCGCCUCAGUUGCUGUUGAUAGCAGUGGCGAAUUCGUGGCUGCGGGUGGGCAAGACGUAUUCGAGAUUUUCCUGUGGUCUGUGAAAACUGGCCGACUUUUGGAAAUUUUGGCAGGUCAUGAGGGGCCAGUAGCCAGUUUAGCUUUCAGUCCUAGUGUCACCAGUACAUGUCUGGUGUCCGUUUCAUGGGACAAAACAUUGCGAAUCUGGGACGCUAUUGAAAAAGGCUCGGCCCACGAAACCAUCGAGUUGGUAGCCGAUGGUCUUUGUGUUGCUUUCAAACCCAAUGGUCUGGAAGUGGCUGUUGCCACACUAGACGGCCAGAUUUCGAUUUUUAACGUUAAGGAUGCCAUUCAAGUGACCAGUAUUGAAGGCCGAAAUGAUUUGGGGAGUGGGCGAUCAGAUACGGACCUAAUCACUGCGAGAAAAACACUCCAAGCCAAAGCUUUCACAAGCUUAUGUUAUUCGGCCGAUGGCGAGUACAUACUCGCCGGGGGGCAAUCAAAAAACGUUUGUAUUUACAACGUGGCUGAGUCUCUGAUUGUCAAAAAAUUCGAAAUAACCCAAAACCGGUCAUUAGACGCCGUUGAUGAUUUCAUAAAUCGACGAAAAUUGAACGAAUUUGGCAACGUCGCACUUGUGGAAGAACGUGAGGAGCGAGAAGGGGGUAACGUGACUCUAAAAUUGCCAGGAGUGAGGAAGGGAGAUAUGUCGAGUCGGAUUUUGAAACCCGAGGUGAGAGUGUUUUCGUUGCAAUUUUCGCCGACUGGGCAACAAUGGGCUGCCGCUACGACUGAAGGACUUUUGAUUUAUUCCCUCACUUCAGGUCUAGUGUUUGAUCCUUGGGAUUUGCAAAUCGGGAUUACGCCCGACGCGGUGAAAAAUUCGAUCAGAGACGGGGAUUAUCUCAAUGCACUUACCAUGGCUAUGAAAUUGAAUGAAAGUGCGUUAAUUCAAGAAGUGAUGGAAAAUAUUCCAGUCAAGGAUGUCGAACUGAUUAUAUCGAGUUUGAGCGAGCAGUACAUCCAGAGACUUCUGGUGAUUAUUUCCAGUGCGUUAGAUAGUUCUCGACAUUUGGAAUUUUAUCUAAUUUGGGCUCAGACGUUACUUACCAUCCACGGGCCGAAAAUUGCCCCUCAAAAAAAUAUGGCUUACUUAUUAGCUUUGGAGAAGAGUUUAGUUAGGAAAUAUGACCAAAUGUCAAAAAUUUGCGAAUUUAAUAAAUUUACGAUACAAUACGUUAUGAAAUUGGGUGACGAAGUAGCGAAGAAGGCAAAAAGUCAGGAAAAAAUGGAACUCGAGUCCAAUUCGGAAGAAGAGGUUGAUAACGACAGUGAAGAUAUUUAUAUGUCAUCUGAUUGAUAUAAUAAAAAUCUGUUUUUAA